AUGUCCGACCUCGCCUCGCGUGUAAAGCAGUACGGUUUGACCCAGGUCUACUGUAGCCCCGAAAAGCCUCUGGUUGAUAUCGUCUUUGUCCAUGGGCUGAAUGGCCAUCCUCACCACACCUGGGCCUCAAAGAAUAAUGGCACCUUCUGGCCAGCCGACCUGUUGCCUGAGGUCCUCGGCCCGUACCGGGUGAGGCUGCUGACCUAUGGGUACAACGCAAACGUAACUGCCUUCACGGACGGUGCAUCGAAGGACAGGAUUCAUAAUCAUGCCGAGACUCUGGCAUCGGGACUCGCGGCCAACCGGAAUCUGCGCAAUUGUUCGGAAAGGCCAAUCAUCUUCGUCUGCCACUCUCUGGGUGGUCUCGUCGUCAAACGCACCCUCAUCUACUGCCGCAACGUGUCGAACGAGAAGAUUGAGCAUCUGCGAUCCAUCUAUGUGUCCACAUACGGGAUCCUGUUUCUAGGAACACCGCAUAAUGGUUCGGACGUGGCCAAAUGGGGCCUGCUCCUGCAGAACAUCUGCAGUGCCGUGAUGCCGAAGAAGUUCAUGGAGUCAUCCCCCCAUCUGGUCAAGGCCCUCAAAACCAACAAUGAGACGCUCCAGAAUAUCAACAGCCUCUUCGCCGACAUCACAAGCCGGUUCCACAUCUAUUUUUUUCACGAGACACUAUCAAGCGACGUGAAAGGGACGCGCGAGUUGAUCGUAGACGAAAGCUCCGCCGCGCCCUACGCCGAAGGUGUCGAACGGAUGGGUAUCGAAGCUGACCACAGUCACAUGUGUAAGUUCGAUGACGACAAUUCCCCUGGCUAUGAAGCGGUGGCCGAAGCCCUGCUGCGGUACUCGCGCGAUGCCCCGCACACGAUCGCAGAUCGUUGGGUCGAAGAAGAAAAAACUCGCCGGGUACAAAAACAGACCAAAAUUAGGGAGAUCUUCAGCCACGGUAUGUACGUUCCGGACCUUCGCACAAUCGGUAGGACACACCUGCUUCCUGAUCCUUCAUCUUCUGUCACGUUGAGGGAAUAUGAGAUUGAGGAGCCCCCGGAAAGAAGGUCCCUUGUAUCUGAUCUCGGCGAAAGCACCAAUUUGUCUCUCUCCCAGUCUCUCCAGAGGGAUCCCUUGUUUGUGGUGCCUCCAGGCUUCCACCCGAACGCGACCUUUGUGGGAAUGCAAAAAGAACUCGAAAUAUUGCACUCCAGAGUGUUCAAAGCCAAGAAGAGAGCAGAGCGACUCACAGCCGUACUCAUCUGUGGAGGUCCCGGGACAGGCAAGUCGCAUCUUGCACGCCAGUAUGUUUGGACCCAUCGAGCCAUCUACCCCGGGGGAGUCUUCUGGGUGGACGCGAAAUCCCGUCAGUCGACCUUCAAGUGCUUUUGGGAUAUAGCACAGGCUGCCACCCUCACUGAUGGACAAGAAUUUGAAUAUCCAGACACCGAUACAUCGCAGAAGUAUGUCGAGUCGGUGCGAAACUGGCUGCAAGCGCGAGAAGAAUGGCUGCUGGUAUUUGAUGGGGUUACCUUCAACCAAGAAAACGACCUCAACCACUUCAAACAGUUCUUGCCGUUUAAUAAGAAGUGCAGCAUCAUCUACACCUCCGUGGAUAAGACGCUGAGAAAGAAACAGCGCCUGUAUGAACCGUACUGUCUGAUGGUAUGGCCUCUGCAGGUUGCCGACGCCUGCAAGUUACUCUUCGAGGACCUCGGCAUCAGGAAGCCCAACAAGGAGCAAAUCCGCAAAGCGACUGAUUUGGUGACUCAUUAUGAGUGCCUUCCACUGGCCAUCCAUGCUAUUAGCCAUCGACUUGCCGCCACAUCGAAGCCAAUCGAGCGGUAUCAUAUCAAUUCCCAUCUCACCGACGAGAAGCUCGCAGAGCCAUUCCUGAGCAUCAUGCACGAUCUUUACCGUAGUGGGCACUUUGAGGCUUUGAAUCUGAUCAACCUCGUAUCCUUCUUUAGUCACCAUGUCCCCAUCGGUCUUAUAACGCUUGGAAUCUCCGCCCUGGGCAAGUGGAACGUGAAUAUUCUCACUAGCAGCAGACGUGGCGAACAAGGUGACAUCGACACCACUCUCGGGAUCCUUAUCCGAUACGGGCUGAUUGAGAGAGUGUCCGACUUCUAUGCCCUACAUGCCAGAGCUCUCUCGCCACAAGCCGAAAAGGAUAAUGUUCUAGACAUGAAGGCAGUGGCCCCUGACCUGUCGGAGUCGCAAACAGAGAGCAGCCAAGAUGCCUUUUUUUCGGUUUAUCAAAACUCCGGGACCAUCGAUGUUAUUAAGAUUCACAGCGUGGUCCAAGAGUUCUGCCGGGACGAGCUCAAGAUUAUGGACCAGGAGGAGAAAAGCCGGUUCCAGGCGAACGCAAGCACGUCGGACGCUAGCUUUUAUGAGUCAUGGCUUGUGGUUGCGACUCGUGUCCUAUGCACCUCCUAUGAGAAUGCAAAAGCCCGAAUGGACCGUGCUGACGACUGUGGCUUGGUCAAGGACUAUCGGGAAUAUGAGACCCAUGCUUCGAGAUUGGCCGAGAACUUGCCCAAAAGAUCCUCGAGUGAACCAGCAAUAGUUCGUGAAGCUCGCAAAGAACUCAAGCAGGUGCUGAAGAGUAUUGCCAGCGAAAUCGAUCGAAUUUCUCCCAGUUCCUCGCAGGAAUCGGUCCGCAAGCAGCGGUCUGUCUUUGACCGGUCCAGCAGCUCGUCGUCGUCGGUGCCUGAAUCCGCAAACGAGGAAGGGCGUUGGGACUGGAGCGAAUUGACGACGCCCAAAGUAGAAUCGCCGCAGGAGAUCAGUGCACCUCAGCAACGCGUGAACCUCAAGCCAUUUGUGCCUCAUAUCUUUAGAGAGUCCAGCCAGGAUAAAGACACCGGAUAUGAGAGUGACCGAGAGAGCGCUACUGCUGUGAUCCGAACUUCACCUGCGCUAUCGCAAAUGAGCCAGCAAGCGGAGACGCCCAAGUUAUCGCAAGGGACCAGCUCUUCCCUGCCCAUGGAUGAUUGGGGCUGGAAUGUGGUCGUGAAGAAACAUUCAAAAUCCAAGUUGAAAGAAGAGAAGUCAAAGCAGCGGCCAUAUUUCCCUCGAAACAUCAGGGGCUCCCUGCCGGCAGCUCCAGUUUUAAAGAUCUUUCCCGUCCAAGGGAGAAGUGCUUCGAGCAGCUCUCUGGGUAAGAGCCGGAGAAGCUCGCUCGCCUCUGCAUCGGAAGCCCUUGCGGCCGUACAGCUCUCCAGCCCUCCUCAUUCUCAUGACGACCUCACCAAGCGAGGGUCAGGUCGACCGUCUGUGGACAAGGAGAAUACGCCAACGUAUGCCACGGUAGUAGCCAGACACACGCAAGAUGAGACUGGGGCCCCGAAGCAGCGAUCAUCGUCAACACCCGGUGGAAAGACCAGGCCCACACUUCUUUCACUGCAGAACAAAUCUUCGGGUGAGUCCCUGCAGAGCCGGUCCAGCAAUGCACAUGCGUCGCCACUGUCCGCGGAGUUCAAGCCCGACCGUAUGACCCAGUCCACGUAUAGCGAGCCUGACCAGGGCUACCUUCAGCAUCAACUGAACGCCCUUGAUCUGGGAAUCGCGCAAGAGUCCCGGUACCGGUCCCGCCACUUGUCCACCGUGCGACCAAUGGCACCUCCCGGGGGCGAUAUGUCGGCCAGCACGCCUUCGAUCCUCACAUAUAUCCCACCACCCCCUCCGCUUCCGUAUGAAGGAAACAUUGACGUUGCAGUUCCUCGACGCGUCGGUGUGGCCCAGGCGAGCCCUAUCGGCCCAGCGACCGGCAAGGCGAGACCGGUCACCCAUCCAUCUGCAAUCAUGCCAGGCAUCUCACCUCCAAGCUCUCUGGUUGUUGAUCCGCCUGCUGGAUAUGCUUCCGAGCCGGCCCCCGAGCCUAUGACGCGAAACCCAUCAACGCAGUCCCAGCAGUCCUGGGCGACGGAGCCGAUUCGGUAUCCGCCGCGGUUCUCCCCCAUGCCACCUUCUACACCGGUCCCCGGACAUUCUGCCUUGACGAGUGGUCUACCCCAUGUGAUGCCACCGCCGCACACGCUGGCUGGGGCCGGCAGCUGGAUCACGGACAUACCACAGCAGGGACCACCGCCGGCGAUCAUCGGUGCCCGGCAGCCGGAAAUAGCCUAUGCUGCGCAAGCCCAACUCCGACCGAUGAAUACAUUGGAGGCCCAGGUUGCGACCAUGGACCCUGCAUGGGCGGCCGAGCCAGCUCCCACACUGCAUUUUGGAGGCCACCGCGUGGAUGUGCGUGACGCUCGACAACGGCUGGGGGGACGCGUUCAAUACCCCACACAUCUUCCGCCGGGAGUCCCAGGAUACCCCAUGUAUCAUCCCAACUUAUCGGGACCGUUGAUUCCGCACGAGUUGGCAGUUCCAGUGGGGGGAACAACCGGAUUGCGAGCACGGAGUGGCAGCUCACCUCCUCGUCCUGACUUUGACGGACUCAACAUGUGA